AUUAAGUUGGUCAUGCGGAGUCUAAUAAACUUAGGUUUCAAUAUGGAUUGGCGCGUGAAUUUAGGAGUUACUGCCACGCUGACUGGUCGACAUGCGGAUUUGGUAUCUAAGCCUUUUCCUUAUACCGCCUGCUGUUUUUUUGUCCCCACGGAAUAACACCCUCUGCAGGCCCGACCUCUGCAUGGACGCCGAGGUUCACGUGGGCUGCUUUGACCGCAAGACAUUAGCCAGUUCGUGCAAGAAGGGCAACCUCGUCCUACAUGUAAACGGUGCCUUGAAGCACGGCAUUCUUCACAGGAUCAAUAUGGUGCGGAACUAUGUGGCCAGUGGGGCCGGCAACUUUUCGGUGGCCGCUCGCAUGCCAACCAUGUCCUGGGAUUACAAUCUGCAGCGGUUGGCCGAUCGCCAGUUGCGCCAGUGCAACGAGUUGGGAAAGUACUGCGCCAACACUGCGGAAUAUCACUAUGUGGCCACCACCGAAAUUCGGAGUACGAUGGGGCGGAAAAGCAGCUUGGAACACCAGGUCUAUGAUAGAAUGCUGCCGGAGUGGUUCUUGGACGUAAUGGGCUGCCAGAUGGACAAAAACAAAAGAAUCUUGCCCACUAAGGAGGGCUCCUGCGUGGGCCAUUAUAUACCCCUGAUACAGGACCGUGGUGCCCGGGUAGGCUGUGGCAUUCGGCUGAAGACCAGGACAGAAACCAAGUCGAACGUGAUCGUGCUCUGUCACUUCUCGCGGGCCAGUGUAAACAACCUUCAGCCGUACGAGGUGGGUCAGCAUCCUGGCGAAAAGUGUGUCACUGGAUCCAGCCAGCUGUACAAGUUCCUCUGUAACGAGGAAGAAAAUGUCGAUGCCAACAGCAUGGUGGUGCAAACCAAGAUGCCGCUCAGCUCCAAAUUGCACAGGGGUAAUGCAUAAGGCUACACAGAUAAAAACAGGGGAACAGCUUGAAAUACAUUUAAUAAGGCAUGCCAAAUAGAUAGUAUUAUAAUUAUCACACUGUUUUGCCAUUUUAUCGGAUUAAUAAAGGCUGUCACUACUUGUUCCUGCGCCUAAGUGCUGCGUACAUCAUCUUAAAAACCAUUA